UUCAAUCAGCCGCAGGCAACAAACAAAAAUGCUCCCCGUCCAUCUGUUCGCCGUGCCGGCAACUGCCACUCCGUCAUCGCUCGCCGCCGCAGCCGCCGACCCAUCCGGUCCGGCGGGCCUUCUCCUCUCCGCCAACCGUGUGGGUCCGCUCUAAGUAAUCCCGACUCGCGGCGAUCGUACGGCUGGCUGCCAGCCGCGCCCACCUCCACAUCCACGGCGCGCGGCAGGUGUUCGACGGAAUGCCAGCGACGCUGUGAGACGCCAUGUCGAUCCUAGACCACGCACGCGCGCAAGAUGCUAACCGCCAAGAUUGCGAGCUCGAGCCCAGUGUGCGCUUCUUCUUCGUUGGGCAUGCCCUGGCCGCACGAUGUGAUGGAUUUUACCGAGACUUUCAGAGGGAGGUGCCGGGUGCGUGCACAAAUGGAAGCAAGAAAUCCCCCCAAGUUUCAGAGCCUGCUGCAGCAAACAAAAAAUCAACAGUCCCUCAAAGCCCCCCAAGUACGCCCAGUCUCAUCAAUCUAUUGCUACUAAUCCUAUCAAAACCCAGAAAUUUUCGGUAGGUGCUAGUGAGGAACACCAAGGGUGCCAACAAUGGAGAUUGUGGUGGGUGCUUCGGAGGCCACCAUGAAAUCUCUAUUGAGGAAGCUCGGUGGCCUGCUUGCUCACGAGUAUGCUCUCAUCAGGGGCGUCCGCGGCGACAUCCAGUACAUCAACGACGAGAUGACGAGCAUGCAGGCCUUUCUUGGCGACCUCAGCAGCACUAUUCCCCAGGGCCAUGACCGCCGGAUGAAAGACUGGAUGGAGCAGAUCCGCGAUGUCACCUACGACAUCGAGGACUGCGUGGACGACUUCGCGCACCGCCUCUCCCACGACCCCGGUGGCGAAGUCUGCUGCGCGUUUGUCAUCUCCAAGGUCUAUGAGUUUUGGACGUGGCAGUCUCGCCGCGACAUUGCUUCCAGCAUUGCUGAGCUCAAGGUACGUGCGCAGCAGAUUGGCGAACGGCGUACGAGGUAUGGCGUCGAUAAUCCGAAGAGUGGCAGUGGGGAAUCCAGUGCAGUUGCCACUGGAGGAUUCCAGGCUGCCGAGAACCAACAGAUGAGCCUUGAGCUUGUUGGUACCAAGAAGCCUGUCGGAGUGGACAAGGACAUCAAGGACCUCGGGGAAUGGGUGACCUUACAACAACCAGCUGCAACAUCUCCCACAGAUCCCUCCUCAUCAGCCCCUACAUCCCAAACGGGGCCUAAGAAGAAUGGCCAAGGUGUUCUGUCCAUCGUCGGGUUCGGAGGGGUGGGCAAAACUACAAUGGCCAUGGCGUUAUACCAAAAAUUUGCUGAUCAAUUUGACUGCCGGGCCAUGGUCACGGUGUCGCAGAGCUCCGACAUAGAAGCGAUACUACAAAGCAUACAUAGUCAAGUCAUGCCACAAUCCAAAGAUGCUAACGAGAAGCAAGGCAGCAGUGGUGUCGGCACUUCGGAGAAAAAUAGCCUCGUGGCUGCCAUUGGCAGCCUGUGGGAUACUUUCAAACAGAAGGGCCACCAGGACGAUGAUCAGCCUGGUGGCAGCACCUCAGAUAUUGCACGAGAUCUCAGGAAGCACUUGGGGGAACAAAGUUACUUGCUCUUAGUUGAUGAUGUAUGGUCUGCAUCGAUGUGGGAGAAGAUAAGAAAUUCACUGCCUAAAAGUAAGAGAGGCGGCAGCAUAAUACUCACCACACGGUUUCAAGCUGUUGCUAGUGCGUGCAUAAGAGAUAAAGGAGUUCAUGUUCAUAAAGUGGGCGUACUUAGGGAUGACAAACCUAAAGAACUAUUCAUGGCCGAAUCCAAUAUGAGUGAAGAAAACCAGAAGAAAAUUCCACCUGAACUCUGGGAAAUUUGUGGGGGUCUGCCAUUGGCCAUAGUUACCAUGGCUGGGCACGCAGUCUGCAACCCAGAUAAACUAGAGAAGGACUGGAUGGAUGUUUGCACCAGGUUGGUACCGGACUCUGGGAAACCUAUUGGCCAGGAUGGAGUCACAAGGAUACUAAGCCAUUGCUACAAUGAUAUGCCUGCUGAGAUCAAGACAUGCUCCUUGUAUCUAUGCAUAUUUCCAAAGGGGCGAAACAUCAGCAGGAAGCGGCUGACCAGGCGAUGGCUAGCAGAAGGCUUCGUCAGCGAGAAGGAUGGGCUGAGUGCGGAGGAUGUCGCGGAGACAUACUUCAAUCAUCUCAUAAAGAGGAAGAUCAUACGUGCUGUGGAGCACAGCAGCAACGGGAAGGUGAAGAGCUAUCAAGUUCAUGACAUGGUUCUCCAGUACAUUGUGUCCAGGGCAAGCGAAGAGAACUUUGUCACCGUGGUUGGUGGCCACUGGCUCAUGGCGCUGCCUAGCAACAAAGUCCGUCGGCUGUCUCUCCAAGGUGGUGACUCCAAAUACAAGAAAGGAAUGGAUGGCAUGAACUUUUCUCAUGUCCGAUCUCUGACCUUGUUUGGGAGCUUGACCCUACUGCCUUCCAAUUCAUUGAAGUUUGGAAUUGUGCAAGUGCUAGAUCUUGAAGGUUGCAAUGAUUUUAAAAAGCAACAUGCCAAGGAGAUAUGCAAGAUGCUUCUACUCAAGUACCUCAGUCUCCGAAGGACAGAGAUUGACAAGAUCCCUAAGAAGAUUGGAAGGCUCCAGUAUUUGGAGACUAUUGACAUAAGGGAGACCAAUGUCACAGAGCUGCCGAGCACUGUCUGCCAGCUGGAACGACUGGUCAACAUACUUGGUGGGAACAAAAGAACACGGAAGGCAUUGAGGCUUCCAGAAGACCUGAAGAAGGAAACAAUGAAAUCCCUGCGCAUACUGUCGGGUAUCGAGAUCGAUGAGGGGUCAGCGGCUGCUGUGGCAGACCUUCAUCAUCUAACUGAACUGAGGAAGCUAGCCAUUUACAAGCUCAACAUCGGAAAGGGAAGUAAGCUUUUCAGAGAAUUAAGCUCCUCAAUUGAGUAUCUUGGUGGCUACUCUCUUCACACCCUGAUAAUCGAUGAUGAGUCAUCUGAGUUUCUAAAAUUGCUGACUGCUCUCUCUUUCCCUCCCAAGUUUCUGAAUGCUCUUGAACUGUCUGGCAAGUUGGUUGACCUCCCACAAUGGAUCACGGAACUUGAUAUCUUGACGAAGUUGACCCUCUCGUUGACGGUACUGACUACUGAUACUUUGCUCCAGUUGAGCAAGGUCAAGACACUGUUUUCUCUCACAUUUUCACUCACUUCAGCAAAGGUGGAUUCUGGUACAGCUGCCACCAUUGGGGAAAACAAGGCUGAUGGGAAGAUCAUAGUUCCAGCUAGCGGAUUUGAGGAGCUCAAACUUCUUCGCUUCUCAGCUCCAUUGGUGCCACUGCUAACCUUCCCAGAUAAUGCAAUGCCGAAGCUAGAACGGCUUGAGCUAAGGUUCAGCAAUUUGGGUGGAAUAAAUGGCAUCGAAAAUCUUCAAAAUCUAAAAGAGGUGCAUCUUAGAAUACAUGACAAAGCAGGUGGUGUUACCAAGUCUAUGGUAGACAAUAUGGCAACUGCAGCGAGGGAAGAUGACAAAGGCCCAAGAAUAAUUGUUGAUCAGUAUCACGAUCGAAGAAGUACGCAUUCAGAUCAAGGAUGCACAAAGUGAUCAACUCAGACUAGUCAAAUAAAGCAGCAUGUCAGUGAUAAACUUCGGGCUGUUUUGGUCACAGAAACACAAUAUCACAGAUGGGUCUGUUUUAAACCGGUUUGUGAUAAGCAUUCUGCCCAGCCCCAAAAAGCUUAUCACUGACACGCUUGAAGAGGCAUGGCAGUGCUAUUGCCAUCACUGACGCGUGGUCAAGGGCCGGUCAGUGAUGAGAGGCGAGUAGUGUUUUGAUCUGUAGAGGUGAAAGAUCCUUCUCUCUAAUCUACAAGUAUUCCUAUGUAUCCAUUCACACCUGUUAUACCUGAAAUAACCU